AUGGAUUGUAAUAGUACGUAUAGAUAUGAUGACUUAUUGAUUCCGGAAACUAAAGAUCAGAAAAUAAAUACAGGCUCAACCUCACGUUUGCACGAAUGUAGUCCUUUUUCUGUUACUUCAACUAUAAACUUUGUUCGACUUGAUGGUAUCAGUGCCACAGGUGAAAUAAAUAAUCUGGAUAGGUACUUCUUUUCUAGUACUUGUAAAACUAAGAACAAUAUGAAAUAUUUUCUUGACACUUUUAUAGCCAUACAGGGAAAAGAAAAGGAAGUAGAAUCCUGCUUUUUGGAAAACCUGAGAGAAUUCCUCAGUAAGAUUAUAGAAACAUUUACAUCAGGAAACACUUCAAAGUUAUUAGAACAGAAAGAUACUUUGGAUUCCUUUUUCAAUAGAUGCAUACAUUUCAUUAUGAAUGCUGAAAACUAUUUUGAGACAACUGAAGAUGAUAAUUCCAAAAUAAAUUUUUACUAUGUUGCUGUUCUUGUUCUUGUUUCACAAAAGUUAGUAAAAAAUAAAGAAAAUGGCAAUCAUGUCUAUAAAGACAUACUGAGUUGUGUGAAUAAGGCUGGAUUAUUUUUGGAUAUACAAAAGGAUCAGAACAACAGUGUUGAUAUCCAAGAAGAAAGUGGUUGGUACAUGAAAGUGUGCUGGAACCUAGCUUUACAAUCUGAUGUACCCUCAGAUGUUAUGUUUGACUUGUUUAAUCAGUGCUGUCAUUUCUUAAGUAUUUGCAACAUAGACAUUGAUGCUGCUAGUCAGAUUCGUUACAAGACCUGUCUGCUAAUGGCUGCAGCCUCUGGAAUUAAUGCAGCUAAUCAGGAAAGUAAUUCCGAAGUUAGAGAAACCAUUACCAGGAAAGUCUUAGCCAUUACCUCCGAAUGCAAACAGUUAGUUGGAAUAUUAGAAACCAAUAGUGCAGUGGGUGAUGAUAUGAAAAAAAUUCCAACUUUAAAGCUUCUUCUUCUUUAUGAAUUUGAAGCCAAGACAAUAAUUAAAUGCUCAACUUUGGAAUGUACUUUUGAAGAAGCCUUGGUGUUCCCUGAUAUGGAUGCUAAGUCAUUUGAAGUCUUAGCAGCUAUUGCAAAAAAGAGUGGAUUAUGGUGUUUCCGAAUUGUUGUUAGAGCUUUAAAAGUGUCAAUAACAAAACACCUGGAGAAUGAAAACUGUGAUUUUAUACAACUUAGUAAGGAUUAUCAUUCUUUAAUUGAGGUGUUGUUUAAAGCUUAUUCUGGAGCGAUUGUUAGCACAGAUAAAGAAGCUCAAAGAUAUGUAUACGAAGUACUUAGCCUGGUGAAAAAAGCACAAGAUCAGUACCCUGAGAUAGAGGUAGUGUGGCUGAUGACCAAAACCUGGAACUUUGGAGUUCAGAAUUACUUACAAGAAAAUCUGGCCAUGGCAAAAGAAUGGUGUGGAAUAUCCUUUCAGCUUCUUCAAGCUCUCCCAACAUUUAAAAAUUCCUAUGAAAACAAACUUCAACAACAGUACAAGAGGCUUUUUGAAACAUAGCUUGCCAAACUAUUAUUUAUGAUGCUUCAGAAUGUAUAAGUGUUUUCAGUAUUCAAGAAAUAGUUGAUUAGAUUCAUAAUACAGUUAUAUAUAU